AGCAGCGGAACGGAAGGCGGACAGACCUCAGUUGCUCCGACGGACUUGAGCCCAUCAGUCCGUUCUUUCAAGUUUCCCCCACCCCCGACCUAGGUGCGUGCAAGUUCAGGUUCUUCUGCUUCUUAGCGUCGCGGCUGGCCCAUCUUAGAGGCUGACUGAGGACUCUACUUUCCUCAGAUUUGUUGAUCUACAGAAUGCUUCGCUAUUCGUAUUUUUGUAGAACGCACAAAGGACUGUUUUACUGCUGGGUGGAGUCUGGUGCAUUUAAUUUGGGUGUCUGUCCCCAAGCAAUGCACACUACGGCAGCAGUCCAUACUGAAUGUGAAUCCCUGGGAGAGACAGCUCUGUGUGGCACUAGGGAGGUACAUAGAUCUGCAGAGAAAGAUUCGGAAGCCAUGGCUAACUUACAUAUUCCAGUAAUGGUGAAUGAAGUUGUUCAUUGCUUGACACCACAAAAAGGGCAGGUUUUUCUAGAUAUGACAUUUGGUUCAGGAGGACACACAAAAGCCAUUCUGCAGAAGGAACCCGAUAUUACUGUCUAUGCUCUAGACCGAGACCCAACAGCUUACGCACUGGCCGAGCAGCUUUCAGAAGUGUAUCCGAAACAAAUCCAAGCUAUGUUGGGCCAAUUCAGCGAGGCAGAAGCUUUGUUAAUAAAAGCUGGAGUGCAGCCAGGGACUAUUGAUGGAGUUCUUUUUGAUCUGGGGUGUUCCUCCAUGCAACUUGAUGCUCCUGAGCGAGGUUUCUCCCUUCGGAAAGAUGGCCCCUUGGACAUGAGGAUGGAUGGAGACAGGUAUCCUGACAUGCCCACUGCAGCUGAUGUUGUGAAUGCUUUAGAUCAACAAGCACUUGCAUCCAUCCUAAGAGCAUAUGGAGAGGAGAAGCAUGCCAAGAAAAUUGCUUCUGCAAUCAUUCAAGCACGAAGCAUAUACCCUAUCACUAGGACCCAGCAGCUUGCUAGCAUUGUUGCAGGUGCCUUUCCUCCCUCAGCUGUCUAUGCAAGAAAGGACUUGCUACAAAGAUCCACCCACAUUGCUACCAAGACUUUCCAAGCUCUUCGCAUCUUUGUGAACAAUGAGCUCAAUGAACUCUACACAGGACUGAAAACAGCACAGAAAUUCCUGAAAACUGGUGGUCGCCUUGUCGCCCUCUCCUUCCAUUCUUUAGAAGAUCGCAUUGUCAAACGAUUUUUGCUUGGGAUAAGUAUGACAGAAAGAUUUAACCUAAGCAUUAGACAGAAGGUGAGGCAGGCUUCCCUGCUGGAUUCAAAUCCUGAGAUUGAGGGGAGCAGUGCUGUAAGAGCUCCUCUGAUGUGGGAUCUGAUUCACAAGAAGGUACUUACUCCAGAAGAUCAAGAUGUGCAAGAUAACCCCAGAGGGCGCUCAGCCAAGCUCAGGGCAGCUAUCAAAUUAUGAGGAUCUUAUUAUUUGAUCCUCAAUUUUUCCUUCUAUACUAUAAAUUGUUUUCUGAUUUAAAAUAGUGUUUCUGAACAGUUUGAUGGAAUGUAAAGUAUGCGGCAGUCUAGAAAUUAGACGUAUUUAGUAUUUUUUUAUCUAAAGAUAAUGUAGGAAGUUUUAACAUGACAUAAAAACUUCCACUCAGAGGGCAGAGUCUCAAAACUGGAAAACUUGUUGAUCUCUGCAUUGUAUUUGAAUUAUAAAAUUUAUUCCUCCCUUUAAUGAGGAAAUGGAAAAACUCACAUUGUAUUAAUCUAGGUUUGUAAACUCAAGCUUCAAAGAGAAAGAUAAUCAUAACUGUAUGCUCUACAUUCCAAAUUGAGAUAUUCACAUUUGCAACAGACUUUCUAUGGCUCAAAUAAUUCAUGAUGAUUAUGGAACAAAGUAUAGUUUCCCUUCCUGUAGCUUUAUCAAAUGUAAGCUUUUUACAAAUUUUAAUUUUCUAGUAUUAUUUAAAAUAUGCCACACUGAUGAUUUUCACUAGUGAAAUCCUAGUUCAUUGCUUUGAAGGCAUUUCUCAGUAUGAUCCAUGUUUCGUGUUUUGCAAAGUAAGCACAUACAAUUUCCCUAACAGCCCUCAUAGAAAAUGUGAAGUACAGAGUUUCUAUUUGAUGUCAGUUGUAUCUGUUGCAGUAAUGUACAAUACCUUCAGUGAGCAAUGUAAUCUCUCAUUUGCAUCUUGAGAUUUUUUUAAUUAAUUUUUAGAUAUUGUACAAAGUAAUAAGUUUCAUUAUGGCAUUUCCAUAAAAAUAAAGCAUGGUACUGAUUCUUAUCACCCCCACUACUCUUCUCUUUCCCUUCCCUAAUUCCUUCCUUCCUUAUUGGUCUCUCCCUUCCCUAAAAUUGUCUCUUACUCUGCUUCAUGUCACAGGUACUCUGUUAUCCUCCUAGACAGCUCCCUCCCCUAUCUUAGCCCUCUUUCUAUUUGUGUAUACAUAUAAUAUUAAUGUAUAUAUUUAUACAUAUAUGUACACACAUGUAAGUUUAAAUCUAGUUUCUUUCUGUAUGUGAGAAGAGACAUGCAAUAUUUGUCCUUCUGAAUCUGGCUGUUUUUGCUUGACAUAAUGAUAUUUAGUUUCAUCCCCUUUUUUUGAAGAUGAACAAUAAAAGAGCCUUAUUAUUUUUUUAUGACUGAAUAAAAUUCCACUGAUUAUAA